CACAUGAAAGUUGACACGGCCCGAGCUGGUAUCUGGAGGCCCAGCUGGCUCUAUGUGCAAGUCAUGGAGAAGACUGGGGCCUGGGGAGCGACUCCCCGGAACCCACGCACACGGGCGGCCCUCUUUGGUUCGAAUCCGCCGCCUUGGCCGCACCCGGACGCGGCAGCCCGCGCCCGGCCCGGAGCAGCCUCGGGCGGCGCUGUGGCUUUAAGAGAGGGGCGGGGCCCCGGUGCUGGCAAGGCAGGGCCGGCCCACCGGGCUCCUUUUUCCUUUUUGAUCCAUUCAAAAAUUACUCAUUGCAAAUUCCCGGACUGCUGGGAGCGGAGAAGAAAGGGGGCGGAGGAGAGAGGGCUGCUGCGGGCGCCGCGCUGGGGGGCACCCAGGGGCCCGAGCAGCUGACGGCUGGUCCGGCCCCAGCAGCCCGCGGGCCGCUCCGGCUCCGGUGGCCUCACCAGGAAGCGUCAGUCUCGACUCUGGGGAAGCUCCGAGCGCCGCCUCCGCCGCCGCCGCCGCCGCCUCCCGCCCGGCGCCGGGUCCCCGAGCCCCCUCCCCUACUCCCUCCCGGACGCUCGGGCUCGGGCGCCUUCCCCGGCGAUGGCUGGCCGCUGAGCCAUGGCUCAGUACGGCCACCCCGGCCCGCUCGGCAUGGCUGCGAGAGAGGAGCUGUACAGCAAAGUCACCCCGCGGAGGAGCCGCCAGCAGCGCCCGGGCACCAUCAAGCAUGGAUCGGCGCUGGACGUGCUGCUCUCCAUGGGCUUCCCCAGAGCCCGCGCACAAAAAGCCUUGGCAUCCACAGGAGGGAGAAGUGUUCAGGCAGCAUGUGACUGGUUGGUUGUUCUCCCACGUCGGCGACCCCUUCCUGGAUGACCCCCUGCCCCGGGAGUACGUCCUCUACCUCCGACCCACCGGCCCCUUAGCACAGAAGCUCUCCGACUUUUGGCAACAGUCGAAGCAGAUCUGCGGGAAGAACAAAGCCCACAACAUCUUCCCCCACAUCACCCUCUGCCAGUUCUUCAUGUGUGAGGACAGCAAGGUGGACGCCCUAGGGGAAGCCCUCCAGACCACGGUCAGUCGCUGGAAGUGCAAGUUCUCGGCCCCGCUGCCCCUGGAGCUCUAUACCUCCUCCAACUUCAUUGGCCUCUUCGUGAAGGAAGACAGCGCGGAGGUCCUCAAGAAGUUUGCCGCGGACUUCGCCGCGGAGGCUGCGUCCAAAACCGAAGUACACGUGGAACCUCACAAGAAGCAGCUGCACGUAACCCUGGCUUACCACUUCCAAGCUAGCCACUUACCCACCCUGGAGAAACUAGCCCAGAACAUCGAUGUCAAACUCGGCUGUGACUGGGUGGCUACCAUAUUCUCGCGAGAUAUCCGGUUUGCCAACCAUGAGACGCUCCAGGUGAUCUACCCGUACACCCCACAGAAUGACGACGAGCUAGAGCUGGUCCCUGGGGAUUUCGUCUUCAUGUCUCCGAUGGAGCAGACCAGCACCAGCGAGGGCUGGAUCUACGGCACGUCCUUAACCACGGGCUGCUCCGGACUGUUGCCGGAGAAUUACAUCACCAAGGCCGACGAAUGCAGCACCUGGAUAUUUCACGGUUCUCACUCCAUCUUGAACACGGCGUCUUCUAACGCCCUCUCAUUUGGCGAUGGUGUGGUGGACAGACGGCAGUAUGAGGACCAGGGCCUGGGGGAGACGGCUCCCCUGACUAUCAUCUGCCAGCCCACGCAGCCCCUGAGGGUCAAUAGCCAGCCUGGCCCUCAGAAGAGAUGCCUCUUUGUGUGUCGGCACGGUGAGAGGAUGGAUGUUGUGUUUGGGAAGUACUGGCUAUCCCAGUGCUUUGAUGCCAAAGGCCGCUACAUACGCACCAACCUGAACAUGCCUCAUAGCUUACCUCAGCGGAGUGGUGGUUUCCGGGACUAUGAGAAAGAUGCUCCGAUCACCGUGUUUGGAUGUAUGCAAGCAAGACUGGUGGGUGAAGCCUUAUUAGAGAGCAACACCAUUAUCGACCACGUCUACUGCUCCCCAUCUCUGCGUUGUGUUCAGACUGCGUACAACAUCUUGAAAGGUCUACAACAAGAAAAUCACUUGAAGAUCCGUGUAGAGCCUGGCUUAUUUGAGUGGACAAAAUGGGUUGCUGGGAACACCUUACCUGCGUGGAUACCUCCAUCAGAGUUAGCUGCAGCCAACCUGAGUGUUGAUACAACCUACAGACCUCACAUUCCAGUCGGCAAAUUAGUGGUUUCAGAAUCCUAUGACACUUACAUUAGUAGAAGUUUCCAAGUAACAAAAGAAAUAAUAAGUGAAUGUAAAAGUAAAGGAAAUAACAUCCUGAUUGUGGCUCACGCAUCUUCCCUUGAAGCAUGUACCUGCCAGCUCCAGGGUCUGUCACCCCAGAACUCCAAGGACUUUGUACAAAUGGUCCGAAAGAUCCCAUACCUGGGGUUUUGUUCCUGUGAAGAACUGGGAGAAACUGGAAUAUGGCAGCUGACAGACCCACCUAUCCUUCCUCUUACCCAUGGACCAACUGGGGGCUUUAACUGGAGAGAGACCUUGCUACAGGAAUAAGCCACACCAGUGAAUGAGAUGGAAAGGCUUUAGCAAGCCUUUGGGGGAAGGGUCUUUCUGUGUGUUUAGGAACAGUGGGAAAGUCUGCACCACCUUCUCAGUGGACAGCUCAGAAUAAUUUAGCAUAUUUCCUUUCACGCUUUAAAGCUCUCAUGAUGAGACUGUGUGAAGGAGAAAAAGACUUGAUUCAGGGAUAAAAUUCAUUCUCUCUGGAUGCUUACCUAGCUAACAAGGCUUUCGAGAAUUGUCUUCACAAAUCGAGGCAGCUGCUACGGCAAAGGAUGGGUUUCUUCCUUCCUUCUACGCAUGGCCAAGGAGUCAGAGCGCUCCCAAAGGGAGCGGUCAGCUCGCGCUAAGGAAAGGUUCAGGAUGAGGGAGUAAGUCCAGAAUCCAGCUAGAAGGACACUGAGCUGCCAUUUUGGUGAUGGGAUUUUCUUUUUAACUCCAUGUUCCAGUGAGGCAAAGCCAAGCUGAAUAAUUCUUUGACCGUUCUUAGAAAACAUGCCCCUGCAGAGUUAUUCUUAGAUUCCCCAUCAAAUUCUACCCUCAACGUGACCCACCCACCAGUGCUGCUGGCUCAAGACGCCUGCUUGAGGACUCACAUCCACCCCGGUACCACCACAUUGUCUCUAGAACAGCUGGCUACAGCUUUUUGCUACAGCCCUUCCCCCUUGCUUCUGUCUGUGAAAUGGGAGACAAAGCACUUUUGGAGACUCGGGAGGAAGAUAAACGUGUGAAGUAUUCAGCUGUAGGAGCAAAGAACUUGCAAAAUAUAAAGUCACCUGGAAUUUUCCAUGUCACAGCACUUCCAAACGGCCAUGAUUUGCUUGUCUCUGCCCAUAGAGUCUAGACUGUGGUAACUGGUUAAGGAUGUCGACGAUUUGAAAGCAUGUACAUUCGAUACAUUAUUUGAGUCAGCAAGCAGCUCAUUCUUGUGCAAUAUGGACAUCUUUACAAACCAUUCCAAGGGUCAGGUCAUUGUACACUUAGGGUACCUGUCAAACAUAGCAGAACAUCCACCAAUGGGUCGGUUAUACCAGGGAAGUAUAUUGAAGUCAGGGAACUAAUUUAAAGGAUGACAGUCACGAUCGCUGUUUGUGCUGUCGUUUUUAUUUGUUUGUGUGUUUUUCUAUAACUUAAAAUAUGUAGGUAGGGCUACUUAAGAAAAGGUGGGAGAGCCAUGUCCUGUGGUUUCUCCUCAUACCUUGCUUCCCAAAUUCAGAGGGAGUCUAUUUAAAAGAAAAAUAAAUGACAAUCAAACCAAAACAUCAGUUAUCAGUGUGUAUUUAAUUGUGUGACUAGCUGACUGUUGGCAACAGACAGUGGUCUGGUACAGUGUAGUUCACUAGAUAGAAUAUGUGUGCAAAAGUCCCAGACGUUUAAAGGAAACAUUAGUGCAAAACAAAUCAAUAGACGUUGUAGCACUUGAAUAAGCUUCAAAACCCAAAUAGACGUAAAACCCAGUAUGUAAAAAUAGAUCUAUGCUCCUGUUUGAAACUGGCAUUUGAGGAUUCCUAAAAAGAAGUAAAAGGAUGCUGGCUAUGUAUGUUAAUCAGCAAGAGGCUUACAGUUGGUUUUUCUUUCUUUUUAAGUCACUGGGACACAUAGGUCAUGAAUUUUACGUUUUAAGAAACAAUCUUGAUUUCUUCCAGCACUGCACAAACACUGAUCCCGCUACUGGGUAUAAAAGUACUCUGGGCGGAUACCAUUGAGUAAUAGAAAAGUUUUAACCUUAUAAUGGGGGAAAUACUCCUUUCUCUUAAAAGGCUUUAAGAGAAAAAUCACGUUACAGCCGAUGUAACAUCACUGCUGUUCGUUCUUUUAUCCAUCAUGAAAUGAAUCCACUGUUUAACCACAUCUGUCACGUUUAUUAGAUUCUCCACAAAUUUUCAUGGACUUCCAAUGCUCAGAAUAAUGCUUGAACACUUCACGUCCGAUUUCCUUGAAAGCUUUAGCGGUGUGUUCUCAGCAGGGUCUGUACUUGAACUGAACAAAGUUUAGAAUAGGCCAUGUCCUCCCUCGCUCUUGGCUGUCUUGGUCCUAGAUGACCUGAUAGGCCAGGUUAGCUGGGCAACAAUCUAUCGUCCUUAGCACAAUAUGGACGGAGUCUUAGGCUGUCAUCUACAUGAGCAGGAGGCACAGAUCUGAAAUCACUUACUGAAUAAUUUAGGUGGAAAACCCUGAAUUAGAGAGUUUAUUCCUCUGCUUGAAUCCUCUAGAUUGCUUAUCAAAAUGGUCUGAAUGGUUGGAAUUCCUAUUAAAUUCUCUUUUCACAUAUACCUGUUUAAAAAACUAAACUCGGACUCCCAACUGAGAAAUUCUCUGAAAAUCAUGUUGAAUCUAUGUGUAGUAAGAGGAAUGCACAAGUAUAUUACAUGAUUUCAUUUUCAUCCACAAAUCCUAGGUUGAUAUUACAACCUGAAGUUCAGCGUGGUUCUUUUGGAUCUGAGGCUGAUAUUUAUUAAAAACAAAACCUGGAGGGGAGGAGAGAGAAGGAAGGAAGGAAGGAAGGAAGGAAGGAAGGAAGGAAGGAAGGACGGACAUGCAAGAGAGGAAGAAUCAAAUGUUUCUGGUAGAGAGGUUUUUUGUUGUUUUUUUUUUUAAUGUAGAAAGUUACCUGAAAUGAACAGAGAUGAAAUUAACUGAAGGAUUUAAUCUGGGACUGAAACUCUGCAACAGUUUGCUGCUUGCCCUACUGUGCCACAUCAAUCGGCUAAUGCCCCAGGAUUAUUCAUAAAUGGGACUUGGGUUUCGGUGAUUUUAACAUGCCACGUCUAUUCCUUGUGGACUAGAAUAAUUGGCACAUUUUAAUGCACAAGCUGGGAGUCUUACUUUCCCAGGCCCUCUUCUCCAUCGCUGCGUCGGUAGCUAGGAGCUUUACCCCAGUGUGGAGUUAGAAUACAGUGUUUUCCAUUACAUUUAGAUUCAUAGAAUCUGAAUGGCUGAUUAAAUGGCCAUCUGAUGGCUAAAAGAGGGGGGUAUUUUUCACCCUGUAGUGGAAGGCUUGGAGGAGUUUCUACCUUUUAUUUGAAGUAUACUUUAACCAAAGAAUUAUUUUAGAAUAACCUUAUAUUUAGAAGAUGAUUUUGCAAAAAAUAAACAUAAAAAAACAAAAAAUGCUAUCUUCUGGAGUGAGGUCGGUUUGCUAAAUCACUGUGGAUAAUUUUCCCGCAUUUCAAGCUGAUGUGGUCAUUUUCCCAUCAGUGGUAUUUGGAGGCAUAUACAUCGUCAUCCAGCUGUGCUUAGCGUUACCAUAAAUGUAUCUUUUCCACUCAACUAGCUGUGUUCCUAUUAAAGGCCAGUUACCCAGUGUCACUGGGUACUCACUGAAGAGCGAUGGUCAGAGAAGUUCCUAUCUCCUUGCCUUUGUAGGAAAGCGUCUCCUGUAUAGCAAAAAGGAAGGCAUUCCUCCGUAACCUAGGCACUCCGCAACUCCAGUGUUUAAUUUGAGACCAGUGAUGAAUUGCUCUUUGGAAUCUACUCUAAGUAAUGCGUGUGUUCGAAUACAGAUGAACCUCCUUUUAUUUUCACAGGCAAAGUCACAACUGUACUGUGUCUGCACGAACUUCUCAGAUAAUGAGGCACAGGGUUAUUUGCAUUUAAAUUGUAGUCCUGCACGUAUGAGAACUGAGAGGUGCUGGCUUAGUCCGGGUGCCUUGCCAGGAGGGAUGAUGAGCCUGGCCUUGGAGGGUAGGGAAAAGAGCUAUUUAACAUCUACGUAGGUUAAUAUUCACUUUACAAAGGUGAUGGCGGGGGGCGGAUAUUUUGUUCGGUGAUGGCAGAUGCUUUUCCUGUUUAAACAUAGGAUUCAAAUUGGGUUGACUUCUCUUUAACACUUCACCAUUAUGACUUUUCCUAGGAAAGGCAACUAGCUAGAAAGAAAAUUCAAGGGAAGGAAAGAACUGCCGUGAAAUACAGAGGAAAUAACGUGAUCUUUAAAUACAUAUAAUGUUGUGUUCAGUCUAUGUAAGCUUAAAAUAAUAGUAAGUAGUCAGACUUAAUACACAAUCAGCUCUUAGAAAUGUAUUACACAAAACCACUUAGCUGCCACGGCCCCACAAAAUCAGAAUUUUAUAGCUGUUUUGAACUAUUCUUGGACUUUGUACAGGAUACAAUCGUAUAAUGGGAAAUGUGUGCUGGUUCUUUUCUCUGAUUGUCACUCAAGAUGGGAACACCAUCCCAAAGCAUUCUGGUUCUGCAUAGACCAUUCUCAACCUGCUGUUUCUGGAGGUGUAUCUGUUUCACUCUCAUUUACAAGGCUAUUGUAUCGUGUGCGGUGUUUUUGUUUUUGUUUUUGUUUUUUCGGUCUCUGGGGGUUUGGUUUUGGUUUUAUUCUAUGUGAUUCGGGUGUAUUUAUUUGAAGAAAAAGGUCUGUAAUUAUAAAAAAGGAAACCCGCACCAAAUUGUAUCGCCAAGUUCCUUGUAAACGACCUGUGGCAUCCGUGCUCUCCUGGCUGUGUGUUCUUCCUCUGGAUACUGCUGUAAUUAGAUCAUUCCAUUCCACGAGCAUCUCCGUUGAAGUGGUUCAUAGAUGAUUUAAUAAAGAGGAGCUGUGUCCUCAGUCAA